GGCGGCGCUCGUCCGCGAUGCUCCUCACUUUCUGCUCCAGCUCCCGCCGCCGCCGCCGCCGCCGCCGCCUCCUCCCCCUCUUCCUCCUCCUCCUCUGCCUCGUAGCGUUGUGUUCUGCGGCGGAGGAGAGAAGUGCUAUGUCAGGAAAGUUCCGGGAGGGACUGGAUGGGGCCAUGCUCCCUGGGCUCUUGUGCCGGCGCCCGCGCGCGGCCCUUUGUAUGAGGCUUGUUUUCAGGCAACAGGACUCCUGUGGAAGAUGGAACUCUUUGUCCGUUUUCCAGAAUGUGUUUUGAAGCCCAUCAGUGAAACAUGAUGCUACUGCUCUGUGUUGAAAUGCCUGAAGAACCCCCACAUGUCUGCUGCAGCCUUCCAUCCUACUGAAACCAUGGUCUUCUCCGCAGUGCUGACUGCAUCCCAUACUGGGGCAACCAACUCGACGUUCGUAGUCUAUGAAAACACGUACAUGAAUAUUACGGCCCCUCCACCAUUCCAGCAUCCUGGCGUUGGUCCACUGCUUAGAUCCAGUUUUGAAACCAUGGCUCCCACUGGAAUGAGUUCCUUGACAGUGAAUAGCACAGCUGUGCCCCUAACACCAGCAGUUUUUAAGAGCCUAAACUUGCCUCUCCAGAUCAUCCUUUCUGCUAUAAUGAUAUUUAUUUUGUUUGUGUCUUUUCUUGGGAACUUGGUUGUUUGCCUCAUGGUUUACCAAAAAGCUGCCAUGCGAUCUGCAAUUAACAUCCUCCUGGCCAGCCUGGCGUUUGCAGACAUGUUGCUUACAGUGCUCAACAUGCCCUUUGCCUUGGUAACCAUUCUUACUACCAGAUGGAUUUUUGGGAAAUUCUUCUGUAGGGUAUCUGCUAUGUUUUUCUGGUUGUUCGUGAUAGAGGGAGUAGCCAUCCUGCUCAUCAUUAGCAUUGAUAGGUUCCUUAUUAUAGUCCAGAGGCAGGAUAAGCUAAAUCCAUAUAGGGCUAAGGUUCUAAUUGCAGUUUCUUGGGCGACUUCCUUUUGUAUUGCUUUUCCUUUGGCUGUGGGAAACCCUGACCUGCAGAUACCUUCCCGAGCCCCUCAGUGCGUGUUUGGGUACACAACCAAUCCAGGUUACCAGGCUUACGUGAUUUUGAUUUCUCUCAUUUCUUUCUUCAUACCCUUCCUGGUGAUACUGUAUUCAUUUAUGGGCAUACUCAACACGCUUCGGCACAAUGCCUUGAGGAUCCAUAGCUACCCUGAGGGUAUAUGCCUCAGCCAGGCCAGCAAACUGGGUCUCAUGAGUCUACAGAGACCCUUCCAGAUGAGCGUUGACAUGGGCUUUAAAACACGUGCCUUCACCACCAUUUUGAUUCUCUUUGCCGUCUUCAUCGUCUGCUGGGCCCCCUUCACCACUUACAGCCUUGUGGCAACAUUCAGUGAGCACUUUUACUAUAAGCACAACUUUUUUGAGAUUAGCACCUGGCUGCUCUGGCUCUGCUACCUCAAGUCUGCCUUGAACCCACUGAUUUACUACUGGAGGAUUAAGAAAUUCCAUGACGCCUGCCUGGACAUGAUGCCUAAGUCCUUCAAGUUUUUGCCACGGCUCCCUGGUCACACAAGGCGCCGGAUCCGCCCCAGUGCUGUCUACGUGUGUGGGGAACAUCGGACGGUGGUGUGACUAUGGAACUGCCUGACAUUUUGGGUGAUGGUUGUUCUUUAUCUGACUGUGAAUUUUCUUUCACGUGGCUUCUCCACUUACACUUCACUGUUUUUUAUAGGGUUUGUGUGUAGGUGUGUAUGUGCAGUGUAAAGAAAGAGUGGUGAUUAGUUAUAGUUCUGUUACCAAGGAUACACAAUAGGGAAGUGAUCACAAAUAUUACCUCCAGGGUUCAAGAGAAAUCCUUGAUUUAGGAUGGGGAGAUGGUUUUUUGUUUCUUUGACUGAUUUUGUUUUUGAGGUAGGAAUCAGGAUUGUGCUUUAUUGAGCCUGCAGUUACAUUGAAUUGUAGGUGUUUUGUAUGCUGCUAAGGUGUGCUUAGUUAAGUUUGUCAAUUCUUUUUUUCUGGAUGACACUGCUGCUUUUUUCCAUCACAUUGGAGCCAAAAACCACCUACGUAUCAGUUGAUAAAUAUUUACUUUUAUUUAAAAAAAUAACCUAAGGAGGUUAGUGACAUUUUAAAGGUCAUUAAUAUUUACUUUGGUGCACUUUAAGAAACAAUGUACAAACGGAUUUGUCAUAUUUUUCAGAAUUGUUUUUAUACACGACAUGUUGUGCUUUUGGAAACAUUACAUUAUCAUUUCUAGGAAGACAGUUUUUAAGAAGUGUUCUAUCUGCAUAUACAGUUUUAAAGGAGAGAACAUAAAAAUGUAGAAAUUUUUCUAAGCACAAUAGUGAUUCUUUAGAGCAAUAGGGCAAAGUCGAGGAGACAGGUUACGCUUGCAGAUUUAAAUGGGUUGUAGUGAGGGGGUGGCUGUGUGGGCUGCAGUGAUUCCUUUGACUCAAGGAUUUCUCACUGAGUCCAGUGGGGACUGGACACCUACCAUGUGCCAGGCACGGCGCAUCGUUUUAUCCUCACAGCAUCCUGUGAGGUAGGUAUUAUUUUUUCCUUUUUACAGAUGAAGAAAGCAAGUCUCAGAGAGACUAAAAUCCUGCUCAAGGUUAGUGGUAGAGCUGGAAUCCAACAAAACCUGUCAGAGUCCUGAGACUGUGCUGUUCUACUGUGCCACAUAGACACCUAAUUCAUAGUCAGGAGGAACCUCUGCGUAUCCUUUUAAUUUUGUAGGCUAAAACCUUCUUUUUCAAAAUAGCUUCAUUUUUUUUUUUUUUUUUAAUUGCCAAAAGAAACCUGCAACCAUUACAGAAAGUCUGGAAAAUAGAAAAAAAAAGAAUCAUUCACAACCACUCUUUUACAGUGGAACUUUAAAAUCUUAGAUAAAUAAGGCUAUAAGGAAAUGAGGUGAUUUUUUGGUUUGCAAAACAAGUGACUGACACUUAUUGAGAAGUUAUGGACAGCUGUAUGUAAGUCUUGGCCUUGCGGGUUCAGAGGUUUCCAGUUGUCCAGUUGUUUCUAAACGUUCUGGGCAGAACAGCACUGUUGCCCCAUUGCUUGCGAAUAGCAGAGCUGGAGUCGAUGAAUGUGCUCAGAAGUGUGUCUCCUACAAAGAAGCAGAGAUAAGCCCUGGUCUGAGUGGAGAGCAAGUUUUAGUAGGACAUGUCUGGGGUUUCAAAUUAUUUUUCUCUUGCAGAUGAUCUGCUCCUAUAGGUGCAUCCAGAGCCUUUGGUCCCUUUCUCUCUGUAAACACUGAUAACACUUUAUAAAACAGUCAGCAGGGAUGGGGCUGCAGACUAAGGCCAUAAGGGCUGAAAGUGUAGCCUGUUGCCUACAUCAUGGGCUUUAUCAAUAGGUAAGUUAACCAUGAACACUUUUUGGAUUUAUAGCAUCCUAUCAGAAUUUUAGUGCUUAAUGAGCCAGGGGGGAAAAUGAGCCUCUGUUUCUUCAGUUGUACAACCAGAAUUUGAUUAGAUGAAUCUUUAAGGUCUUACCCAGUUUUAGUGUGCUUUUCUCCAUGUGAGAGUGGAGAUCUUUGAAGAGCUCAGCUGAUGUCAGCAUCACUCUUUGGUCUUUAGUAUUACUUCUUUACAUUUUACUUCGUUAGCUAUUUCUUGAAAUUGAACAUCUGAAGGGCACGUGGCACGGUAUCAGGAGUUGGGACUUUGGAAGGUUGGUGACAUCCCGAAAGACGUGGGAAACCCAGCUAUUAAGGCAAUUGUAAUGUAUUGGAACUCAUUUUCUAGUGAAAGAACUCCUUUGGGGGACUCAAGCAUAUUAUUCAACAUGUUGUUUUGGGGUCAUCUUCGGAUGAUAGUUACCUACCUCUUUGGUUUCUAAUUUAUAUUAUUCACAGGUAAAAUUGCUUUUGUCCAUAGGGACCUUAUAGAACAUAAACACUGUAGUAGAUACUAGUAGCACAUUGAAGUGUAUCAUGCUUUCCAUUUUCAAUAUAAACUGGAUUUCAAGCAGAUAUUCAUAGGUAUAUUUGAAAUUAGACUUUAAGGAAAGUCAGGACGAUCUGUAUUCAUCUGACAUACUGGCAGUAGGUCUUGAGACUCCUUUUGUGGUUGGAGUUGAAACUGAGAUUUGCUUUCUUUGUCCUUGUUUCUGAGCCGUCCUUAGGUACUUGUGUGCUGCCUGGUAGCAGUGCAUCAUUUGGUGAGAGCUCUGGGGUGCCUGCUGAGAUGCUCGGUGUUUGUGAAAGAUGACGACGAGGGGCCUUUGUGAGAAUUCAGCAGCAACACUGAACAGCAGUUCUCUUUACACUGGAUAAUCUUGAUCAGAUGACAGUUUACAAAUCAUUUUGAACAUUUUUAUUAUGUAUACAUUUUGAAAGCUUUAAAAAAAAAAAGUACCAUGGUGUACCUUUGAAACACUUAGGUGCAGAAUCAUAUGUUUCCUAUUUCCCUAUAUUUUCUUGAGGGGAAAAAAAAAUACCGCUACUAAUUAUCACUGCUGACUGACAUAAUCAGAAAUGUUUUUGUUUUUAUUUUUCUUCUGGCUAACAAGUAAGAAGCAUGAAAGAGAUAGUGAAAUAUUUGUGGUCAAAAGAAAUCCCCAAUAGUCUGGAAUAGUGAUAUUCAAACUUUAAUGUGAGUAUGUGUCUAAGUAUUGCCAGGGGAGUUUGUUAACAAUAUGGCUGCCCAGGGUCCCCAGAGGGUCUGCAGAGGGCCCAGCAGUGCACCCUUUUAUUUUGUUGAGCACUCUGCCUGAUUCUGAUGGAAAUGAUCCCUGGGGCACACACUUCAGGAAGCACUCCUGUUGAAAAUAUACCCAUUUAAAUACUGUCUAUUUUAUCCGAAAAUGUUGGUUUUGUGUUGGAAGCCAUUAUCUCCUAGUGCAUGGAUAAUCUGCAUCGAGAGGAAAAUCUACGUAUCAUUGUGCCUAAUUUUCUGCCACGUGUGUUAGUGCUGCGUCUCACCAGUGUCAGCUUUACAACUUCUUUCAACUGGCAAAAUUCUAAUAAACCAUAUGGUUUCACAGUAGAGCCAAAAGAGCAAAAAUAUUUGAAAGUCAUGACUUUCAGGAGUCUAAUUCCUCUACUGUCUUCUCCUAAAGAGAUGUCUUUAUUGUGUGUAACCUUUUGAAGAGUACGAGGGCAAUGUAAAGAUUCAUCUACUUUCUAUUGCUCUGCUUAUGCCAGUCAUGUUCAAUGGAAGCAUGAAGAAAAUAAUCUUUUUAAUCUGUGUAUUUCGGUUGCUGACAAAGAUGUUUAAUUUAAUUUUUUCUGGAUCUUUGCUUUUGUUUACAUGAAAAUAUUUAUGUAUAUAUCACAGAAAAAUUUUCACUUGCUUGACAUUUUAUUCUACCAGGAUUUUUAGUUUAAGUUUAAAGGAGUGCUUAAUUCAAAUUUAUUUUCACAACCAUAGUCCUGUUAAACUGCCUUCAUUGAAAACUCAGUUUUUAUAAUAAUAAAAAUAUCAAAGCACAUGUUUGUUAUUACAAGUAAAUCGUAAUACAUUUUAGAUAUAUAUUGGUUCUAGUCCUUUGUAAUUAAAAUUAAUUUAUUUUAUGAUAGAACCUGACCUGUAUGAAAAAAGAAACGCUUUUAAUUUUGGGUUGUUAAUAUUCAAAAAUCAGAACGUAUGGUUACUUGUGCAUAGUCUUAUUCCAAACGGGAAAAAUGCUCCCAAUGAGAAAGUGAAUAAACAUUUAACAUUUCUGAAA